AACAGGAAGUUUACGUUUGGUACUUCCCGCGCGAAAUAUGAUGGAAUCAUGGCACCCGUCUCCCUAAAAUACGUCGUGUCCUUCACAUCACAGGACAACAGCCACCCAGUCCAAAACCUGACAGACAACAAUGGAUUCAAGAAGUGGCUAUCUAACCCAAAGGAAAAGUCGGGUCAGAUUGAGGCAGUGUUUCAACUAGAGCAAAGCUGUAGGAUAAUGUACAUUGACAUAGGCUUGAUAUGGUGUGCUAUGUUAGAGAUACAGGUUGGUCGGUCAGACUGGCCUGUGGGACAGGAUUACCAGACCCUCCUGCACACUGCCAGUAUCAUGAGCCCAGGCGACUGUCGGGACAGCAAUAAUACAGUUAGGACCAGAAUGUUUGGUAAAGAACAUUUCAGUGAAGUGACGGCUAAAGAGACGUGGGACCGUGUGCGUAUCAUCUGUCGGCAACCCUGGAGGAAGGAUGUCCAGUUUGGGGUCUCCUUCAUCAGGGUCAAAACCAACACGACGGCAACAAUGGACAAGGACAAGCAGGAGAGGGAGUCUACAGUUCACAAAUCUGCUAAAUCUAUACAGAAGCACUUCUUUGGCAAGAAAUCCACAAGUGAGAACCAAAAUGAGUUGGCGACGCGUCUGUUGAAGAUCGCAGGAUCAUCAGAGGAUGGAACCGAGAAAACAGAGUCGCUCUCGCGUACAGCCAAACUGGUUAUUGCUGCAAAGGACACUGCAACUAAAAACAUGUGUCCUACUGCACAGAGCGUGUCUCCCUCUCACCGUCAGACUCUUUACUCCAACAGUCUGGUCUCCAAGUAUGGUCCUAAGUUUGAAGAAGAGGUAGCAGAUUUCUUAGCAUCUUAUAAAAUUGAUCCAUGUGACCUGGACAAAAUUACCAUUGCAGAUAUUCGCCACAAGUUUGAGAAAACUAAGAGAAGAAAGCUGACCCCAGAUGAGAAGAAAACCUUUAUAGAGCUGGCAAGAGAGUACAUCUGUAUGGUGUUUGCCGAGGGAGAUGUAAAUAAGGACACUCCUGUUCAGAAAAAAGACAGGGAUAACAACCAUGUUAAUUCCGACCAUAAGCCUGACAAAACGUCAAUUCAUGCUAGGAGAAAUAUUUUGACAGAUGCGAAAAGAAACCAGUCUGAAAAAUCUAGGACUACACCCAGUGGAGAGAAAAGUUUUACAGAGAGGGAAAACAGUUUUGAAAAGAGUCCUCCAAAACACACACCUUCUAAACCAGGAAAGAGCUUGUGUAUUUCAGAACAGAAAAAAAAUGAAGUGAAAAAUGCAGCAUCUGAGUUCAAGAAAAAUGGAUUCAGCUCACCAAAAACUUUCAGAACGAGCAUUGAUUCCAGUUCAGAGAAAGACGUAUCUGAAGAAGAUAGGUUAAAAGUGAAGUUAGUCUCCAAUUUUGGACCUAGUUUUACACACAUAUCUCCUAAAAGUUCUAACAAACAGAACAGUUUGGGAGGUUGUCCUGUGUCGUCGCCGUCCACAAAUGACGUCUGGCUGUCAAAACGGUCACCAUUACAGUCAUCCACACCUGUCAACCCUGGGGCUAGGGGCAGGAAGAGGGCCCUGAGUGGUGCGGGGCCAAGGACCAAAAUUCCCCGAACAGAGGAAGAUGAGUGUACUCCUAAGAGGGGUACAAAGUCAGGACGUGGACGUGGAAGAGGCAAAAGUGUCAACUCAAGGGAAGUAACUCCUACAUCUUUUGAACGCUGUGCUGGGUGUAAUGAAUCCAUUCCAGGAGACCAGUUGGUGUCCCACACCCUUGUAUGUACGGGCCUGGGCUCCUGUGACACGUCAAGUUACUAUGGAGUGUCGCCAGACAAUUCACGGAGUAACCACGGACAAUUUCCGGGCAUGGGCAAUGUUCUAGGCAACAGUAAUGAAACUACUAGUCCACUGAGUGGAUUAUAUCCGGACGUUUAUAUCCCUUCAGAUAGAGGUCCUGGUGUGUCCGAGUUUUCGGACCAGUAUGUUGAAUGUCCACUCUGUAACGAGUUUUUCCGUCAGUGUGUUGUAGAGAGACAUGCUGCUACUUGUGGUACAUGAAUAGAUCAAACACCUGGACCAUUAUUGUUAACUUGGCCCAAAGUGUUGGACCAGAGUUUAGGAAA